AGGGCUCCCUCUAAUGGAGGAGAAAAUAAUAACUACUGACACAGUGAGUGAGGACAGAGAGGGUAUACUGCAGUUACGUCCUGAAAUAGUGGAUCAAUAUACACGGGAAAUCAUUUUACAAGCGAUCACACAUCCCAAGAUACAGAGCAGAAAGGUUGAGAACUUUGCAAGAUAACCCGCGUUAAAUCACGCAUCUCUCUGAGAAGGAGUACACAGACUACCAGCUAACUCGAAGGGAUUCAGUACAAUGGGCUGCCUGGUUACAGCAGUUUUAAUCACUUUUCUGCUGGGCUGUGUGACUGCUAGACUGGGCAUCAACAGAGUUCCAGUGUUCCUUGAACAGAAGGAGGCCAGUGAAGUUAUAUAUCGUCAGAAGAGAGCCAAUGCAGGACAGGAGGAGAAUACACUCCCUGCCAGUCUUGAGAGGGAAUGUCUGGAGGAGGUCUGUAAUUAUGAAGAAGCAAGAGAGGUGUUUCAGGACACUUAUCGCACUGAUAUAUUCUGGUCUGUGUACAUUGAUGGAGAUCAAUGUGCUGAGCAGCCAUGCAAAAAUGGAGCCAUGUGCUCAGAUAGUGUUGGGGGAUACGACUGUAUUUGCAAAUCAGGAUAUUCAGGGGUCCACUGUGAGACUGAUCAGACUGUAUGCAUCAUCGACAAGGAUAAAGGAUGUAGCCAUUUUUGUAAGCCUGGCUACCAGUCCUAUCAAUGUUCCUGUGCCCGUGGUUGGAAGCUGCAGCAAAAAGAGAAGUGUGUGCCUGCUGAGCGCUUUCCUUGUGGAAAAGUGAGCAGUUCGAUACAGUGGGAAAAUAGGAAGUCAAGCAACGUGAGAUCUGAAUAUCAAGGACUAAACUGCAGUGCCGAGGAGUGCCCCUGGCAGGCUGUACUGCGUAUUAGUGGUUCAAGUGGGUUUUGCAGUGGCGUCAUCCUCAAAGACAACCUAAUUCUGACCACAGCACAGUGUGUCCGCAAGUAUGGUGACUUUGAAGUAGCUGUGGGCAAGAGAUUGCUGGCGGAUGAGCAAGGAGAGCAGAUCUUGUAUGUAAAGCAGAUUCAUGUGCAUCCACUCUACAUGGAAAGUAAACCAGACAAUGAUCUGGCUGUGGUGGAGCUAAUAAACAGGAUCAUUCUCAAGAUGAGUGUAUUGCCAGCAUGCCUGCCUAACCGAGACUUAGCAGACAGGUUGAUGUCAGAAGAGUACAUGGGCAUGGUUACUGGCUGGAAAGAUUCAUCAGAGCUUUAUGGAAACCUUAUGCUAAAUCACCUGUCAUAUGACAAACUGCCGACGUGUGUGGAGCGCCAUUCUGGCCAGGUUACCAACAAGAUGGCAUGCACCAUGCCACAACCUAAGGCAGACUGCAUUUUUGGACCUGGCAGCCCUGUCGUCACACUGCACCGAGAAGUCUUCUUCCUCACUGGCAUGGUGAGCCAGUUCCAAAGUGUGGAUUGCAGGAAGGGUUAUGUCCUUCAAAAGGUGUCUCGCUUUCUUCCCUGGUUAAGGCCUCUAAUCAACUCUUUAUAAAAACAGUAAGCGAUUAUCUCAGAGGAUUUGAUGAAAUGCUAGAAAGCUGUCUUAGUUUGUAAUAUUUCUUCUUUUUCCCAUUGUACUGCAAUGUUUGCUGCUGUGUUCCAACAUUUUUCCACGAUUUUUAAAUGACUUUGUUAAUUUGUUUUCCUACCUAAUCUAAGUUUUGGUUUGUGUUUUAUUGCACAGAGACACAUUUGUAAGGCUUCUUUCAAAAUAACCCAAAUACUCAAAAUGCUAACUUGCUUACUUUCUUUGUUUAUCUUUUAUUAUAAUGCUACCGCUCCUUUACAUUGUUAACUGUGUACAAUUAUAAUUAUAAAGUACAAUUAUUUCCCAGUACGUUUUGAUUUGACAUUAACAUUAUUGCAUCAAAUAUGCAAAGUCCAGUUAUGUAAAACAUACUGUAUGUCUGUCAAAACUGUCUGUAGUUAAAUAAAAGUCAGAGAAAACUUUUA